AUGGCCAGCUACGCCGGGACCGACUGCAGCGGCACUCCGUACUCUGUGAGCGCCAACGAAGAGGACACGGACGAGGAUUGUACGGAACUGUCAUGCUACGACUAUGGAGUCGAGUCGGGCUCGGGCUCUUACCUGGAAGAAGGCUGCGAGACCUUCGACUCCGCAGACGGCUAUCCGGCAUGGGGGAACUGUGCGGGCUCGUACUACAAGAACCAGAGCAACUACGUCAUCGGCAAGUUGAACACGACCGACGGGUCGGCUUCGCUCCAAAUAUUCAACGAGACCAAGUGUCUUUUGACCUCGUUGUUCGACACCUUUACCGCCACCAAGGAGACGCUUGAUAGCCACUCGUGUGGCGCGAAUGACUUGAAAUGGUAUAGCAGCUUCGACGACCAGACCAGCUCCAACGGGUCCACUUCGGACGAUGCUGGUAGCAGUGGAAUCAGUACCGGGGCUAUCGUUGGGAUCAUUUGCGGCUGUGUGGUGGUUCUGCUGGUACUUGUCGGCAUCUUUAUCUGCCCCACAGACGACGAUCGAAGGGGAAGCGCGGGGGACAGUUGA